AUGCCAAAACAUGAAUAUGAUUGUUUUGUAGGAUACUAUCAAGCUGCGUACAAGAAUUCACAGAUCUCAGGUUGCAAAGAUAUCGAAAUGGUGAAGUCCAUUGAUCUUCCUGGGCAAAGCUACAAAGGGUGCAUUGGCACAAAUGGCCACAGAUCAUACAUACAAGCAUAUUUCACUGAACGAACUGGGUCGGAACAUGCGUAUGUUGGAGAGAUUCAGUACCUUUUUGUUCACAAUUUUAGGUCAGCUGUUUCUUCUCUAACAUACAGAAAUUCCCAUAGUAGUCAGCAUGUAUUUGCAUUUGUCGAAUGGUUCAAAUCCACUUCAGACAAAACAAGAGAAUUAGAAGGAGUUGAGUUGUUACAGGAUGAAUUCUACAAGCAAGAUUUUCAAAGCAUCCUGCCAGUACAUCCGAUUCUCCUAACAGUUGCAAUAGUAGAUUACAAAACUACAAAAAACAUCAACAAAAAACACGCAAUACCUUUACCAAAAAAAAUUUACUAUUAA